AUGAACAGCCUUUUGAUUGCUUCUCUCCUCAUUCUCGGGGUUUCCAGCCAAUCGACGAUAAUCAACCCGAAUUUCAACAAACAUUCUUCGGAAUCAUCGGAUCAGCCAAAGAAAAUCCUUGUAGCACCAAUGCUGAUUGUUUGCCAAGUGGAAAUUGUGUAGAUGGAGAAUGCCUUGUAGACAACGGAAACGGAGGUCUUUGCACAACCAAUACGCAAUGCCCAAAUGGAUAUCAAUGUGUUAAUCGGAAAUGCUCCAGGAAUAGUCGUCAUUUCAAUGAUCUGCCAUGUGUCACUGAAACUGAAUGUCCACCAGGAACCAGAUGUAUCAACGGAGUCUGUACUGGCAUUGAUAACAAGUUCUAUUAA